AUGCUCCUGCUGCAGGACUCGGUGGAGUCCCUGGAGCACCCCAAGGGCGCAGCUGAUGCUCUCUCCUCCCCUGUACAGUUCUCCAAGGAGAAAUACAUCCUUGACUCGUCACCAGAGAAGCUUCACAAGGAGCUGGAAGAGGAGCUGAAGCUGAGCAGCACCGACCUGCGCAGCCACGCCUGGUACCACGGCCGCAUCCCCCGGGAGGUGUCGGAGAGCCUCGUGCAGAGGAACGGCGACUUCCUCAUCCGCGACUCGCUCACCAGCCUGGGUGACUAUGUGCUGACAUGCCGCUGGCACAAUGAGCCCCUCCACUUCAAGAUCAACAAGGUGACAGUCAAAUCCAGCGAGGGCCAUACCCGCGUCCAGUACCUCUUUGAGCAGGAGAGCUUUGACAAUGUGCCCGCCCUUGUCCGCUUCUAUGUGGGCAACCGCAAGGCCAUCUCCGAGCAGAGCGGAGCCAUCAUCUACUGCCCCAUCAACCGCACCUUCCCCCUGCGCUACCUGGAAGCCAGCUAUGGGCUGGCCAACGGGAAGCAUGGGGGAUCCCACAGUCCCGCCACCCAGAAAGGGGGGCACAUCAAGAGGAGGAGCAUCACCAUGACGGACGGCCUGACGGCAGACAAGAUCACCAGGGCUGAGGGGUGCCCGACCAGCGUGUCCCUGCCCCACCACAGAGACAUCAUUCGCAACCCAGCGUCACCUGCCUACAGCACGGUGACACGGCUAAAGCCACACACCUGCCAAGCUGCUGGGGUUGCCCCAGCCUCUCCAGUCAUCAGAAGGUCCAGCGAGCCCCAGCUAUGCCCAGGGAACAACAGCAAAGCCCUGCCAGACCCUGCGCACAGCACCCACUCGACCCCCUGCCACGGGUACACCCGUGCCUCCCCGUCUCCCUCCGUGAACAGCUACAGCGACCCGGACACGGGGCAUUACUGCCAGCUCCACCCCACCUCGCCCAUCAGCAGAGACCGGCCAGCUCAUGACACCAAGCAGCUGCCAACAAAGAGCUACGUGGAGAGGCUAAAGGUGGAGGAAGGACAGAGAGUGACUGUGGAGAACGGCUCCGGGGAAGCAGAGGCAGGGCAGAGGCUGAAAGGAGAGCUGGACUUCGUGGGCUUUGUGCCCCCCAUCAUGGAGACAACCUCCUCCUUCAACCCUGCAGCCUUCCAGUCCCUCCUCAUCCCCCUGGAGAACAAACCCCUGGAGAUGGCGGUGCUCAGGAAGGUCAAAGAGCUGCUGGCAGAGGUGGACGUGAAGACGUUGGCCAAACACAUCACCAAAGUGGAUUGCCUGGUUGCCCGGAUACUGGGUGUGACGGCAGAGAUGCAGCGGCUCAUGGGGGUGAGCUCCGGUAUGGAGCUGCUCACCCUGCCCCAUGGCCACCAGCUCCGGCUCGACCUGCUGGAACGGUUUCACACCAUGUCCAUCAUGAUCGCCGUGGACAUCCUGGGCUGCACGGGCAGCACGGAGGAGCGGGCGGCCCUGCUCCACAAAACCAUCCAGCUGGCUGCCGAGCUGAAGAGCACCAUGGGGAACAUGUUCAGCUUUGCAGCUGUGAUGAACGCCCUGGAAAUGACACAGAUUGCCCGGCUGGAGCAGACCUGGAUGGUGCUGCGGCAGCGGCACACGGAGGGCGCGAUCCUCUACGAGAAGAAGCUCAAGCCGUUCCUGAAGAGCCUGAACGAAGGGAAAGAAGGGCCGCCGCUGACCAACACCACCUUUCCCCAUAUCAUGCCGCUCGUGACUCUCCUGGAGCGGGAUGAGGCUCUCACGGACAGC